CCCGAAUGAAACAGUUCAACAGCAAUCGUGAAACCCUCCAGAUCGUAAGAUCGCGCGAGAAUAGAGCAACAACAGUGAGACAGCAGUUAAGUUAAAUUUCUGAAAGUUCAAGGAUAAAAGAAGAUAGUGCAAAGACGACGGUACCAAAACGGAAGAGACAAUGAUUUCGAAAAUAUUCAAUACAUUCCACAAGGCCCGCUUCAGCGGCAUACGGAUUGUGCCGGCAAACGCUCCGUCCUUGUAUCAGGAGUGCGUGAAAGUGUUCGUAGCGGAGGUGAAUCGCACAAAUCAAAACGGAAAGCGCAUUUCCGAGUUACAAUUUUUGCCGACGGCGGCACUUGUUAACAUUUUCGAGGAGAUGUGCAAAUACCCAACGCUGCGAGGUGUGCUACGGGAGGCGUUGUCGGAUCCGGAGUUAUUCAUGAGGAUUUUCACUGGACACAACACCAAUCAACUGAUCGUGGAUCAGUGUCUGCGGGAGGCAGGCUUAAGCGGAGAGCCGGUACUUCCGGCUCUUGCAGCGAACUACUGUGAUAUGGUGCAAAAACAACCCCUAGAGGCAGGCACGCCUGAGUUCAUGCGGCGUCUGCUGGGAGCACUUAAGCUUGGCAAAUUUUUGCUCGAAGCUGGUUGGACACGAUGCAGCGUAGACGUGUUAACUAUUGCCGAAAGCAUGAUCUCAUUAAUUGUCGACAAUCGCUUUCAUCGAAAGCUUGAACUGGAUUGCACCCAACUCUUGUUACGGUCCAAGGGUGGCUGCAUGACUUCGCAGGCCAAUGAAACAUGCGAAAAGCUACUUUCAUUGAUCGAGGAUGUCACCGACGUUGAUACUCUAGUCGAAGCGUACCUGCAGGUGGCCAACCAUCAUUAUCGCGCUCAGGAAUAUGAGACGUGUCACGAAUGGGCCCUGAAAACCAUGGACAUGAUCACGGACACCACACCGGUCGAAGACAUCAUCGAGGUACUCCAACUGGAAGCGUUGUACUGCUUUUCCAAACAGCGCUACGAUCUGGGAAGCAUGCUUAUCAGUCAGGCCAUCCAGAGGGCGCGAACGCAUUAUGGAAACCAGCACCGGUUGUACGCCGAUGUGCUUCAUACCUACGGACAGUGUCUGAUGGAAAUGAAUGCCAUCUCGGAAGCCGUUUCAACCUUCAUGGAACUCCUGGAUGUCACCAUCAAACUGUACGGUCGGCUCACCCCACAUGUGCCAAUCAUUCAGGGUUAUCUGGCGUACGGAUUUUAUUUGCGAUCUCAAACCACCGGGCGGUUUGAUAUGGCUUUGGAACAGAUCGACCAAGCCACUGAUCUAGCCAAGCGGCUAAUUCCAGCGAACAAGCAGGUGAUUGAUCAUUUCGGCGAGAUUCGUGUGUUGAUUGUUAAAGGCUACGACAGUGUGGCCGCCGCUACCAAAGAGCGAAAACCAUUAAAGGUGGCUAACUAUCAAAAGUUUCAGUUUUCUGAAAUCCGUGAAAAAUACUUUGAGUUGAACGGGUCCUUUUGAGUAAUGUGCCAUCGUAAUCGUAGUUUAGUUUUUUUUUUUGAAAAUGCUGUUAUUAUUGCUUACGUUAAGCCUUGUAGUUUAAGAGAAAUCAAGUGAUUCACGUGAAAAUGUACAAACAAUAAACCAUGUUAUAUUUAAUA